GGAUGCUGCAUGGAACGCCGGGCCGGGAGCGGCCCAAGGACAGCAAGUAUGGGCUCUCGUGGUACAAAAAUACAUUUGAGACCGAAGGGCUCUCGAUCAACGACAAGGGCGAGAUCACAGCGCUGCCGCCAACGCCCGACGCGGCCGAUGCGACCGACGCCAGCGCCACAGUCCUCGCGCGCCACCCGCUCGUGUCGACGCCGCUGCGCCCGCGCCAGCAUGCAGCUUCAUGGACGCGCCGCCAGGAGAAGAAGCUUGAACCUCUGGGUACGCGCCCGGCGUUCAAGACGAGUGCGCCCACCAAGCUCCUGGGACGCAUGAGCUGGGACCCGGACGUGCUCGAAAUCCGCGAGGCGAAUCGGCGCGGCCACGAGCCGUUGCCGCCCGAGAUCGCAAAGCUGCAAGCCGACAGCCUCGAGAGUCGACCGACGUCCCAGCCUGUGCGCGAAAUCCUCAAGCAGUCGGCGCUGCCGUACCAACCGCGCGCCGGAUCGGUUGCCAAGUUUACAAACCUAGCGCGCCAAAGCACGUUCAUCGACCGGUCCGUCGAUCGGCUCGUCGCGUCGCCGCGCGUCACGAUGAACGAUGACGACGCCGAGGACCUGCUCGAGGCGCUCGAGUCGCCGGCCCCGCCGACGCUCAAGUCGUCGCCGUCGUUUGGCCUCUCGCGCGUCAACCAGAAAAAGUACUUUGGCGCACCGGCGCGCCAGACGUUUUACGCCGACUACCGCGAACUCGCGGCCAAGCAGCAGCUCUACGCGAUACCAUUGGGCUCCAGUACGGUUGUCGACGCCAUUGGUCGAGGCGAGACGACGGACGACGAUGACGACGGCAGCGUCAACAUUGCGUCACCGAGAACGCACUGCUUGACGCGCAGCAUCAUGGCGGGGCGCCCCGCGAUUCCGCUCGUGAUUCGCAAAAACACCACCAACGUUUUCGACUUUUCGUACCAGUCGCUGGGCGACGCGUACAUGGAGCAGUUUGCCGAGUGCGUGGGGAGCCUUCCGUUUCUCGAAGAAAUCAACGUCCGCGACAACCGGCUCAGUGACAAGGGCCUCCACCGUCUCUUGACCGCUGUCCACCAGCACCUCCGACUGCGCAAGCUCGACAUUUCCGAAAAUACCAUUGGGGCCGACGCCGCUAAGAUCUUGCGCGUCAUGAUUGCGUCACCGACCUGCACGCUACAGCAUCUGGUCAUGGCGAAAGCCGACAUUGACGACUUUGAGUGCGCCGCCUUUAUGAGCGCGUUUGAGAAGAACGCGAGCGUCGAAGAACUCGUGAUGCCCCGGAAUCGCAUCGGCGAGGCCGAGCAGCUCAACGUCGUCAAGCCUGAGAUCACCACCGGCGGCGAAGCCAUUGCCUCCAUGCUGUACGUCAACGAGAAACUCACCAAGCUCGACUUGAGCUGGAAUUUACUACGACUCGAGUCGGGCGUGACGCUGGCCCACUCACUCGAGUACAACCGCAAUCUGCUCGAACUGCAUCUGGCGUACAAUGCGUGCGGCGACGCGGGCGCCAUGACGUUUGGCCACGUUCUCUCGCUCAAUACGACGCUGCGGGUGCUGGACCUGAGCUACAACAACGUGGGCUGUCGCGGCGCGCUCGUACUGGCGAGUGCGGCGAGUAACACCAAGUCGCUUCGGUUGCUGCUCCUCAACGGCAACAACAUUGGCAAGGAAGGCGGCCGCGCCAUCAUGUUUGCCAUGUGCAACAACAAGAGCGACCACGGCAUUGACAUUGAGAUUGCCGGCUGCAACCUCGCGUCGACGGGCAAAGCCGAAAAGGCCAUGUUUGACCCGACCAAUCCCGCUGGCGAGUACAACCUCGACCUCUCCGAGCCGUUUGACCAAAUGAUCGCCAACGAGCUCCUGCGACUCGCCACAUACAAGAAAGGCUGCCGCUUUGAGAAACUCAAGCACCACUCGCGCGUCGAGCGACAACAGAAGAAGACGAAAGAGCUGCGCAUCGACACGGCCGCGCUCCAAGCUGUGUUUCUCGGGCUCAACAUGCGCCCGACGCUCCCCACGUUGGAGGCGAUUCUGGCGGCCAUGAAGCAGCUGCAGCCAUCAACGUCGGUGGCCAAUUUGGACGAAUUCGACUUUAGCAACAUGUUCUUUUCGGCCCUGUUUUGCGUCAUUGACACGGAUUCGUCGGGCGGCAUUGACGCAGUCGAGCUCCAGACGGCGCUGCAGAUGCUCGAUAUUCACAUGACGGACCAUGACGUCACCAACGUCAUUGCGCAGUACGACCUCGACAACAGCGGCACGAUUGAGGGCCCCGAGUUUGUUGAAUUCAUCAAGUCGUACGUCCGACGGCAGUCGACCAUGCCGGCGAAGGACCAGGCGUUCGCUUUGCGAGACGUUGCGACCAACCAAGUGUGGCAGGUGCCGCAAGAAGGCCGGCUCGAGCUGGUCUUUGUGUACGAACGAGAGGCGACGCUCGACUCGGACGACGCCCGCCACCGUCUCUCGGACGGCGGCGUUGCCCAGCUUAUCAAGAACAUUCAGAGCCAAGCCAAGAGCUCCUCGGAGAAGCUCGAUCUUCUCAACAUGGCUGUGCACGACUCGGAGAUUUUGUUUACGGCGCCGCAAGCGUACGAGCUCCUCGAUCAAUGCGGCGGUCUCGCCAAGGACGUGCGCGUCAAAGAAAUUGCAAACCUCGUGCUGCAGAUGCUGACCGCGCGCGAGGCGCAGCGGCUCGUCUCAAUGGCGCUCUCGUUGCGGGAGCGCGCGAAGCUCAAGCUCGAGCUCGGAAACGCGUAUACUGUCAUCAUGGGCAACCCCACCGCGCACUUUUCGCUCGAUUUAAGCGCGCACACGGACCGGUGGGUCGCGAGGAAGCUCGUGGAAGUCGCGCAGUCGGAGAAGAAGGCGUCGAUCGCGUCCCAGCGGGGCGACACGUCGCAGCACGCUAACUGGGAAAACUAUCGCAACGAAAUGCUGGACGGCCAGCGCAUUGUGCUCACGACCUCGUUCUUUGACUCGCUGCCGCAAGCCGGGCGCCUCGAAUUCGACUAUGUAUCGACGCGCCGACCACCACCAGGCGCGCAAGCCCUGAGCGACCGGCGCUACACGCAGCUGCUCAAGGAGCUCGCACGGGACACGUACUAUGUCGACAUGUCGGAGCACGACAAGCACACGGCGACCACUUUGUCCCCGGCCCGCAUGCGCUGGCAGAAGAUUCGGGACUCGGUGCGAAGAGACCGGUUCUUCAACUUGACGACGUUUGCACAAGCGAAUAUUUUUCGCAUCAAAAACACCAAAGAGGAAAUCCGACUCAAGCUGAUUCAGAUUGAGAUUGUGACGAGCGACCGGUUCCUGACCGUCGCGCAAGCAAGUCGAAUUGUGCUGAGCAUGCCGAUCGGCAACUUUGGCCGCGUCGAAGCCGCGCGCCUUCUCUUCUCGCGGCUCAUGGACGCCGAGAACUUUGUCGACAUUUUCGAUGCGCUUUCGGUGCCCGAGCAAAAAGUGCUCGCGACGUACCUUGGGUGGCUCAACAUCCUCAACCCGCUCAAACCGGACCGGUACUACGAGCUCGAUUUAAGCGUCUUGGAGGACUACGCGGUCGCCAAGAUCCUCGUGCAUCUUGCGAUCGUCGAAGAGGGCGACAACUGGGUCGAUUAUUCGUAUGCGCCUGGCAAAAACGAACCUCCGCUUGCCAAUUGGGUCUUGCCAGCGUCGUGGGAUGCUGACGACACGGGCAAAGGCGAGGGUCCGCGCCGCAGCGGCAUUCUCAAGCUGCGCUUUCGGUCGACGCCCGAAGACGGCUGUGAGCCCGACUGGGACGCUCGCCAAGAGAUGAAGAAACGCGUGCUCUGUGGGCCUUGAGCAUAACAUCUAAUGCCAUCGAUUGCAGAUGUUGA